CGUCACGUCCGGUCUCGGGCGGAAGUUUUCCGCCGGCGGACCGGGAAGUCGCUGAAGAUAGAGCGAUGGCACUUCUGGGGGCCUCGCUCCGGGGCCGACCCGAGGCCACAGUGCCCCCGCGGUAGACCGGACUUGGGUGACGGGCUCCGGGGUCCCGAGGGAUGGAAGGGUCUAAGACGUCCAACAACAGCACCAUGCAGGUGAGCUUCGUGUGCCAGCGCUGCAGCCAGCCCCUGAAACUGGACACGAGUUUCAAGAUCCUGGAUCGUGUCACCAUCCAGGAACUCACAGCUCCAUUACUUACCACAGCCCAGGCGAAACCAGGAGAGACCCAGGAGGAAGAGACUAACUCAGGAGAGGAGCCAUUUAUUGAAACUCCUCGCCAGGAUGGUGUCUCUCGCAGAUUCAUCCCCCCAGCCAGGAUGAUGUCCACAGAAAGCGCCAACAGCUUCACUCUGAUUGGGGAGGCAUCUGAUGGCGGCACCAUGGAGAACCUCAGCCGAAGACUGAAGGUCACUGGGGACCUUUUUGACAUCAUGUCGGGCCAGACAGAUGUGGAUCACCCACUCUGUGAGGAAUGCACAGAUACUCUUUUAGACCAGCUGGACACUCAGCUCAACGUCACUGAAAAUGAAUGUCAGAACUACAAACGCUGUUUGGAGAUCUUAGAGCAAAUGAAUGAAGAUGACAGUGAACAGCUUCAGAUGGAGCUAAAAGAGCUGGCACUAGAGGAGGAGAGGCUGAUCCAGGAGCUGGAAGAUGUGGAAAAGAACCGCCAGAUGGUGGCAGAAAAUCUUGAGAAGGUCCAGGCUGAGGCUGAGAGACUGGAUCAGGAGGAAGCUCAGUAUCAGAGAGAAUACAGUGAAUUUAAACGACAACAGCUGGAGCUGGAUGAUGAGCUGAAGAGUGUUGAAAACCAGAUGCGUUAUGCCCAGUUGCAGCUGGACAAGCUGAAGAAAACCAACGUUUUUAAUGCAACUUUCCACAUCUGGCACAGUGGACAGUUUGGCACAAUCAAUAACUUCAGGCUGGGUCGCCUGCCCAGUGUUCCAGUGGAAUGGAAUGAGAUUAAUGCUGCUUGGGGCCAAACUGUGUUGCUGCUCCAUGCUCUGGCCAAUAAGAUGGGUCUGAAAUUUCAGAGGUAUCGACUUGUUCCUUAUGGAAACCAUUCAUAUCUGGAGUCUCUGACAGACAAAUCUAAGGUCAGUAUACCCCAGUGCUGAGUGAACCUGUAUAGGACCAAAUUGAACAGAAUUGAAGCAGCAGUAAGAAUGGAGGCAAAACAGUAUAAAUGGUGGGAAAGCAAAAAAGAAUCACAAAAAAGGAUGGGCAAAGACUGAUCCAAUACUGCAAGCAGGACAGAAUGUGACCACCUAGUCUCUGGAGUAGAAGGAUGUUGCCUUAGCUGGUUUAGGGGGUUUUCUUGGCACAGAGCUCAAGUCUGCUUUCCAGUUUCAAGAAGGUUUUUCCCUGAAACCCUUGGAAAUAUACAGGAAUGCUUCUUUUGGUCAAUUUUUUUAGGAUCCUAGUGAUGGAUGGAAACUCUAGUUUUUACCUAGAGUAAGGCUGCUUCUAUCAUCCCAAAACAAAGCAUUUCUUUUCUUCUGCCUCCUUUCUCCCCUGCCAAGUUCAGGGAUGCCUAGGAAAACAGCAAGAAGUACUGUAACCCUCACACGCCCCUGCUCCAGGCUUCUCUUCUGUUUGGGUGUGUGUCCUGUCCCUGUACUCUACAAUGACAAUGAGGCUCUUGUGACAGUCUUCUUGAUUUUUGGCUUUCAAGCAAUUCCAAAAUACACUACCAUUCCUCACCAAGUGUUCUUUAAUAGAUAAAAUGACGUGAAUAGUCUCAUGAUCAAGUCCCUGCCCUGAACUGACUUAACUCAGAUCUCAGUUACUAAUGAGUUCUGCUGUGUCCAUCUGCAGGAUGGAUGUGGAGAAAGGCAAGAUUGAAGACACAGGAGGCAGCGGCGGCUCCUAUUCCAUCAAAACCCAGUUUAACUCUGAGGAGCAGUGGACAAAAGCUCUCAAGUUCAUGCUGACGAAUCUUAAGUGGGGUCUUGCUUGGGUAUCCUCACAAUUUUAUAACAAAUGACUUUUUUCCUUAGAGAGAGGUUUGCCUUAAAGGCUUUAAAUUUUGUUUGCAAACAUGUUUUAAAUUAAAUUCGGGUAAUAUUAAACAGCACAUGUUUACAAUACCAAAAAAGAAAAAAUCCACAAAAGCCACUUUAUUUUAAAAUAUCAUGGGACAGAUAGUUUCCAGACCUACAAAAUGCCAUGUAUAGCUGCCAGCCCUUGUCAUAGUUUUGACUCUUAACGCCAUGGACUCCUUUCCCCUUAUUCCCUAAAAACAACUAAUUUAAAUUUGCUUUUUUUUUUGAAAAACUGAGUUGAAUUGAGAUUGAUGUGUUUUCACUGGAUUUUAUCUCUCAGCUUCCUGCACUUAACAAUAUGAAACAGAAACUUUUGUCUCUACUGAGACGAGGAUAUGUUUGAGAUGCACAGUUGGAUAAUGUGGGAAAAUGACAUCCAAGCUUUAGCUGGUCACCAUGUGAUGUGAUCAGACGCUUGAAAUUUAACACUUCUCACUGGGUUCUCAAACUGAAUGCCGACUCUGCUCUGUGUUAGAGAUAUGAAAUGGUGUUUGAUACUGUUUGAGACAUUAUGGAGAGAUUUAAUUAUUUGUAAUAAAAGAUCUGCUACAGUCUGAAAACUG